UGGCGUACCUAUAUAGAGAGAUGUCUAAGGUUGCAUUCAUGAAAAAUAGUGACCUCAAAGGGUGUCUCAGCUUACUGCAAGUAUGGGCAUGGGAGAGGCUGCAUUUGAAGCCGAGACUAUGCGUGAAUUUACAAUUAGACGGACAAAUUCCACUAGGAUGCAGAUGGAAUGUCCAAAAAUGUUUUGACGAGACCCCGGCGAGACAGUUAGAUUUCUACCGAAAUGAGCUUGACCGCAUGAAGAUUUUUCAGAUGGAAUGAGAGCCCUACACCCCAUUU